GUUGUCAAGAAGCCUGCUAGGAAAUGAAGUUAUUUCAGAGAUGAGUGAUUGUAAGUGAAGUAAGAUGAACGAGACGCUCGGACGAGGGUACGCACGGAUAGAGGCCAUACGAGCAGCACGAGGGGAGCCUCUUGGGAACAUGGAGCCCGGCGCUCCGCCCCCGGAUCGGUACAACUCCGUGUACUUCACGCUGUUCGUCGCUGGCGCAGCUUUCCUGUUGCCAUUUAAUAGUUUCAUAAUGGCAGUGGACUACUUCCAACACCACUACCCGAACACCACCAUAAUGUUUGACAUGUCGACGGUCUACAUCGCUUCAGCUUGCGUCGCUGUGGUCGCUAACAAUCUACUAUUGGAUUUGUUUACAUACAACACUAGGAUAACUUUUGGUAUCCUCGUGUCCCUGGCAACGAUGCUAUUCGUGGCCGUAUGCAACAUCGGCUGGGACGGGUUCUCGACGCGAGUGUCGUACACCAUCAACUUGGUAGCCAUCGGGGUGGUCGCGUUCGGGUGCACCGUGCAGCAGGCCUCGUAUUACGGGUUCACUGGGUGCUUGCCGCCGCGGUACACGCAGGCUGUUAUGGCGGGAGAGAGCGCCGCCGGUUUCUGGGUAUCACUGGACCGAAUCGUAACAAAAUACGGUUUCCGCCAACCGCGCCGCAGCACCUUCAUGUUUUUCGUAUUCUCUAUCCUGAUCUUGCUGGGCCACUCCAUGCUGCACCACGUGAUGAUGAAGCACCCCCUCGUGCUGCAUUAUCUGAGGCUGACCAACGAGUCCCGGCACCGGCGGAGAAUACAGUUACAUCUUAACCCUAACGAGGAUGCUACAUUGAUGGAAGGAGAAUCAGGCGAUGGUAGUUACGGAGUGUUGAAAUUGCAGAGUCCAGCUCAGUCAACUGCUGGGCUAGGAGACAUAGAAACUAAUACAUUCAGCUUCGCCAACCCGCUGUACUCGCCGACGGCAUCGGCGCCAGUGCCGCUGUCCACGCCUAGCGCCUCCGAGCCGGCCACCUCCCCUCCCGCGGCGCUGCGCACCCCCCGCCCCUCCUACAAAGUCGAGGAUGUCGUGUUCGAGGCCCCUGAGAGGCCUACGUCGUGGAGGGCUUUUAAGCGAGGUGUGCUAGCCCGUUGGGCGGUAGCCCGGUCUAUCUACCCCUACAUGGUAUCCAUCGGGCUGGUAUACUUUACUACACUAAGUCUGUACCCCGGCAUCGCUUCAGAAGUCCCGUCCUGCCGUCUCGGUGACUGGAUGCCCAUCAUACUCAUGUCAGCGUUCAAUCUCUUUGACUUCAUUGGAAAGAUAGCAGCCGCGUGGCCAUAUGAGUGGAGCCGCAGCCAGCUGCUGAUGGCAAGCGGCGUGCGGCUGCUGCUGGUGCCGCUCAUGCUGCUGUGUGCCGCGCCGCGCCACUCGCCGCAUAUUGUGGGGGAUUUCUACCCUAUCAUGUUCUCCGUGGUUUUGGGUUUCACCAACGGAGUGUUCGGUUCAGUGCCUAUGAUCAUGGCGCCUUCUCGAGUCGGCCGCGAGCAUCGAGAAAUUGCUGGCAAUAUGAUGACUCUUUCCUACAACGGUGGCUUACUCUCCGGCUCGCUGGUGUCAUACCUCCUGUUGGGCAUGCUCGGCGCGCCAACCGGCGCCCCGUGCCGCGCCUACCCCACACCUGUGCUGCCAACAAUCGCGACCACCACGCCGCACUCCAACCUCACUACAGUACAUUAA